CUUCAAAAUUCUUUUUACCGAUUAACCCUCAAUCCAAUCCCUUCAACUUCAACCUAGCUUCCCCCAGGUUAAACCGUCCAGUCCCCACCAUCGAAUGCUCGCUUCUCCCAAUCAAGCGGACUCGCGUAUCGAACUUCCAAGUCACGACAGACACAACUGACCUGAACCUGAUCCCUCUCUCUGAAAUAAGCAGGGCUUAUCCUGCCAGACCCAUUCCUGGAAGACAGCCAGAGCCUUAAGGACAUCUAAGUUCUGAAUAAGUUUCACCAGAGAUUAUGCACUUGACUGACAAGGCACGGUGGAAGGAAAUUUGUGAGAGGGAUUUUAGCAGGGAGUAUUGGGGGUAAAGAGAGAGUGACAUCUUUGUGCACUAGGAAAUCUUCAAUUGCUUUC